CUCUGAGGGCACAACGACCAUGAAGGCUUUUCUGAUUGUCCUGCUGGUGGCCGUCCUGUGUGCCAAGCAAGCUUCCUCACUUUUUUGCUACAUAUGCGAGAACGAGCACUCCAACUGGAACUGUCUGAAAACCUACAAGUGUGAUGACAAUGAGAAAUACUGUACAACCACAUACAGCUCUGCUGGGUUUGGUAGUGACAUGGGACACCGCAUCACUAAGAAGUGUUCUGUAGACUGUCCUCAGGCGAAUGUGAACUUUGGUGUGGCGGCUUAUUCCACUAAAUGCUGUAGCACCUCCCUGUGCAACUUCAGUGGUGCCAACAGCAUAAAAAUCAGCUAUGCCGCGAUGUUCCUAGGAGUUGUGGCCAGUUUGAUCUGUGUCAUCAGGGCAGGACUGUGA